AUGGACAAAAUUGUGUUCGAAAUCCACGCAAAGACAACCGGAUAUGUGGGGUUUGGGUUUUCACCGAAUGGGGACAUGCGUUACUCCGACAUGGUCAUAGGAUGGGUGCGUGAUAAUGGAAUGGUUGAACUAAAGGAUAGACACACUCUGGGAGAAAGGGUUACCCCAAUAAUUGAUCACAAACAGGAUUAUCACUUGGAUGUUGGUCUUGAAGAGGAUGGGUGGACUAUUCUUAGGUUUUGGCGUUUGUUGGACACAUGUGACCAUCUAUAUGACAUGAAAAUUGAUGAUGGUACGAUGAGGUUAAUCUGGUCCAUGCAUCACGAGGAUCCUACAUCCGAGACUGACCUACCGUACCAUGGUGGCAACAGGGGGUCUAGGUCCGUUCAACUGUUGUCGCAUAAUACUAAAACUGUGAAUUUACCAGCUGAUGCUUUCCAUUUAGAUAUUACUUUAACAAAUGUCUCCGUCCCAGGAGAUAGCACGACGUAUUGGUGCCAAGCCUUCAAGCUGCCAAAUUACAAGAAAAAGCAUCACGUUAUUGGGUUGGAAGCGAAUAUUCAGCCUGGAAACGAGGACGUGGUUCAUCACGUGAUUCUCUUCGCGUGCUUUCACGAGAUCAAUGAUUCAGCAGAUAUUGAUGGAUAUGCAAACGCUUGCUACAAACCAAAUUUGCCUGAAAAUCUAAGUCUUUGUCAAAGCUUGGUCUUUGGUUGGGCGAAUGGUGCUAAGCCAUUUUAUUACCCAUCCAAUGCUGCAAUGCCAAUAGGACCUGGAUCUGGUUUCAAAUACGUCUGGAUGGAAGUACACUGGAAUAACCCAUGGCACAAGACUGGAAGGUUUGAUACAUCAGGUAUGAGGCUAACGGUCACGCCAACCCUUAGACAAUACGAUGUUACCGUCCUGGAGGUCGGCACAAUGUCUUUCAACCACUUAGUUGUUAUACCUCCCCACGCGCAAGCGUUUGUAUCAACUGGUGUUUGCGCCGGUGGAUGUUUGAAAGAGGCGAUGAGAAAAUCAGGUGUUACAGGAGGAAUCAAGGUUAUAGGAAUGCUAAUGCAUGCACACAUUGCGACAACUUCAAUUGUUGUUCGGCUCUUUAGAAAUGGCAUAGAACUUCCGGAAAUAUCCAGAGAUGAUCAUUACGACUUCAAUUUUCAAGAAAUGAGAUAUCUAAAGAAAGGAGUUGCCAUAUUGCCCGGUGACGAUAUCGCCGUUGAGUGCACACGUUACACGACAAGUAGACAGAAUAUCACAUGGGGGUCCAUGUAUAUAGGAAGUAAGGAUGAGAUGUGCUUGGCCUACAUUGCAUACUACCCAAAACUAAAGAUGUCCCAGUGUAGGUCGGCUCCAAGAACAAAGGAUUUAUUGGCAAUUGCAGGAGUAACUGAAGUGGAGACAGAAGUUUUUCAGCUCCAAGGAAAAAUAAACGUUUUGGAGCCAGAAAUAUGGAAAGGGAGACAUUUUACCGAUAUACUGAGUACUGAAGUGGAUUGGACAAACGCAACGGUUAGAGAUGAAUUUCAAAAGAUCACAAAGAAUGCUGAUCGGAUUUCAACAUGUAGACAAUUUCCACUUACUUAUAAGAAGUUCGACGACAAGUUCCUGCCACCCUUUAUCCAUAGUGAUGCAAUACAGCAAAACACACCAGAUAAUUGCCCAUGACUAACUACUAUACCAAGAACUAUAUCAUUUUACUACGCGACAAUAUACGACGAUAACAGGUCCAAAGCAUCGAUGCAAGCGAUGACAAUUGCAACAUUCUCUGCUAUAACAAAGGCUGAUGCAUCGAAAACUGUUAAAAGCAAGAUUGAGUAUACACACACAGCUUAUAGAGACAUUCCUUAUGACAUGCAACAGCUUAAAACAACUUCAAUUUCAGGAAAAUCAAUAGGGUUUUAUAUCUUAUUCUCGUGUUUCAUAUGUGUAUUGGUUCAUGUGUCAAUGUGGCCUCUUUAUAUUUGACAGUUUUAUGUGUAUCAUUCAUUCAUAAGAUUGAGGAACAUUGAAAGCAUCGAUAGUGCAAGAAUUGUAUUUGUUAAUCCGUAACACCUCUUUUGUAGUUGUAAAUCAGAUAUCUUGUUAA